AUGCCGCCAGAAAAGGACUCUUCGUUGUUGGCGAACGUGCCGCCGACUUCAUCCGACGGCGAUGUAGCCGCGUGUACCGUGGAGGCCGACUUGGAUCUGCCAAAAGACUGCUUUCUGUUUCCGAAGCAGAACGACGCCUUCCAGAUCCCGUACUUUCUCUCGAGUUCCGAGGAGGUGGACAAAAUUCGACCUCCUCCUGUCGUGAAGACGUGGGAGCAGCGCCGCGGAGAGCUGGAGGAAGGACAGAAACACAAGCUGGAUGACUUCAAGAAGAUGGUCGCCGCUGCGCCAUGGUACGAGGAGGAGAAGUUCGACAAUUGGCUCUGUCUCCGUUACCUUAUAGCCCGCAGCUUCAACCUCAAUGAAGCGUUCUCCAUGCUGGAGAACACCGUAAAGUGGUGGAAGGAAACGGGGUCGGAGACGUGGCGGUGUGACGCCUGCAUGGAGAACCCGAAUCACCACAUGGGCCAGUUCAUUGGGUGGGACAUGGAGCACCGCCCCGUCAUGUUCAUGUCGAUGCGUUGGGGCCCGGAGCGCAAGAACCCGCUGCGGCACAUGGUGUGCUCUUUCAACCACUUGAUCCGCAUGAUGCCUGUCGGGGUCGAGAAGUGGGUCUGCCUGACGGACUUCGAAACGUACUCGCACCUGCAAGACGGCAAGCCGUCCGUAGGCAUAGGCGUCAUCCGCGUGAUUCAGGAUCACUACCCGGAGCGACUAGGCAAGAUGGUGUGCAUCAACCCGCCAAAGCUCUUCUCCUUGGUGUGGAAGCUCUUCCUUCCAGCGAUUGACCCCGUCACUCGCACGAAGGUGGAGUUUCUGUGGACAGAGGCGCAGCCGAGCGUGUGUGAGGCGUUCCCGCGCCUGUUCCCGAAGCACCUUAGCCAGUAUCUGAGCGACUCCUACGACCGCAGCAAGUACAACCUGCCAGCCACGCCGCUCGUGUGGCAUCCACGGCCCGAGGGCUACCCCAAGAACUUCGAGGAGCGCAAGCAUCAACUCAAGGCAAUGAAGGAGAAGGAGAAAGGGGACAAGAAGGACGCGAAGAAGGCCGCGCACGACGCCAAAAAACGGGACAAGGAGGAGCAGCGCCGUCAACGGGACGAAAAGGCGCAGCCAUAG